AUGAAGAGAGCCUCCUCUGCCUCAGAUAUCACCCUGGAGGUGCCUCAGCAACCGCGCUCGUCGCAGUCGCACAUUCCAGUCAUUACACCCCGACGGUCCCAAUCAUCUCUUCCAAGUCCUGCCACUUCGUCGAUGUCCUCUGUCCACCUAGGUAUCGUACCUCCUCCUCGACACCUCUCAGUCAGUGGUAGCCCAUCUCCCCGUGCGUCUACAUCUAGUUCAGCCGCAUCGUCCUCGACCACUCCCGCUACCUCUUUCCGUUCCUUUCGAAAUCUACUUUCCUUUGGUCCCUCCAAGCCAACGUCCUCCCCCAGCAUCGUCGGCAUACCCAAGAGCCCUUUCUCAGGCUUUGCUUCUAUUCGCCGCUCUAUUCAUAGUGAACGAAGCGUUUCCGCUCCUGAAGCACGUCGGGGACAUUCUCUGGUUCUCGAAGACUCUCCUGUCCUCUCAAUAGACCUCCCUAAUCCGGGCUUGGGGCCCUUGAUGCACGAGCUGGAUUUAAAGGCGAGUGUAAGCCCGGACAGAAAACCUUCUGACCCGACUCACUUCGUCCCUGCCAUGCCGUCCGUGAGGACUGACGCUCAAGCGCCGUUUGAACCUACGUUAGUGUUCUCCGAUCUUUCGACAAUCUUGGAGUCCGACACUUCUGGCAUAUCGAGGCAUCUCCCGAUUCCGGACGACUCAGUCGAGCUUGACCAUUCGACACCAGGUUUCUCGUCCCCAUACGUUUCCGCAGAUACGGAUCUGCCCUCCUCGCACGCUUGCUUCGCGCAACACAGCUUGCAUAGAAGCUCACAUCCCCGAUUGUCUCUCAGCACCUCACCGCUCGAUUUGUCGACAUCCAAAGUAACCCACGAGGUUAUGGAGGCUCUGUCCGAAACAAGUCAAAAGGAAGGCUGGCUCAACGGCGUUAUCGUCGACGAUACCACCGACAAGCAUACCGGUUUGGCCAAGGCGAAUCCUUCGCAGGAUGCACACGACAGUUUCAACUUGAGCGCUUUGGACCCUGAUCUUGCAGCUCUCCUGAGUCCUAAUACUCUCAUGGGGACAGAGCCGGCGCUGAUGCUAGCCUUGGGCACCCUCCCCACACUUGAAUUGAUCCCAUUCAAGAACGAAGCGAGCACCUUGCUACCGUCCGCUCAGCUGCAGGGCGAGUCCCCGCGGCGACCGCCUUCCUCUCCCCCUCCCUCUUCAUCUCCCCCAUUAACUUUUCCUCAACAGUCAUCCCCUGUGCGCCGGCCUGCUCAGCUCCCCAGAACCGUCCCGUCCACCUUCCCGUCGUCCUCGUUGCCCCGCCUCACACGUUCUGCCUCCGACCGGCCUACCCCGCUGGAACCCUCCACCGCACUAAAUAACUCCUCCGGGCGCGCGAUGUCGCACAGCCCGGAACGACCGCCCGCGAAGCCUGUAGCUGAGGAGCAGAUGCUGCCGUCCACCACCCGUCCAACGUUCCCGCGCAAACAGCACACCGGUGGCGACAAUGCGGCGAGAAGGCCGGCACUCUCUCGUCUCGUUACUCCCGCAUGCCCGAAUUUGGCGUCCACACCCACCUCGAGUCCUGCACGUCAGGUAAAUGCGACCCCGCCGAACACAUGGGAAGCAGGAUCGGUCUCACCGACCUCGCGCCCCACUUCGUCCGUAGGGACGGCCUCCAGCCGCCUGCAGCAACCUCGUCCCAGCCUUGACGGCGAGCGUCAGAAAAUGACUAGGCUGCGCACUCGCGACAGAGGCGCCAGCUUCGUGGAGCGCGGACUCUCCCCCGAUCUGUCUCAGCCCGCUGGGCGCUCCGUUGGCGAAUUGCUCGGUCCGCGGACGGCGAAAGUUUUCGCUGCUGCCGGUCUGCUGGAUGUUGACAAAGAGGGCAGCAACGGAAAGCUCACGCCAUCGCGCCUCGGGACCAUGCGGAGCAGCAUUGACCGUGAUUUGCGCUCGCGGUAUACGCCCUCGAAGCUGGCCUUGUCUGGGGUGGGGUCGAAUUCGUCGUGGGGGCGCCGCCGGAGCGGAAGCCUGACGCAGGUGGCGGAAUCUGCGUCUGUGCUCAGCGGCCCCUUCACAGAGAGCGUGUCAACGCCACGCACCACAUUCUCGAAUACGUCCACUGCGCCGACAUCCAUCUCGGCGUCGUCCUCCACUAUGCAGUCCGAGCUGCAGCUCCUUCAAGAGAGGCAUUCCCUCGAGACGGGCACGCUGCUGAGCGCCCUCGCGGACUCCCAGUGGACUACUAGACUCCUUCGGGAGGAAAACGGGCAGCUUCGAGAUCGCCUGGUCUAUCUCGAAGAGCGGCUUGCGAAUGCGGUCGAGGAGAUUCGGAGGCUGCAGUAUACCACUCCACAUUAUUCAUUGCCAGCAAAAACGACCCACCAAUGUUAUGCUGACUCUACCUCGACAAGCUGCCCAAGCGGUCGCGGACAGGCGCGAUUGCACUUGUUCAGGCAGCCUAAGUAUGAAGUGUCGUUCGAGCAGCCCUCGUCGUCCCCCGAGCCUGCUAAUACGACCCCAGGGACGCCGUCUGAUGUCCGCAUGUUCACUGACACGCGGCAUAAGCGUAUGAGCAGCUCGUCGUCCCUUUUUCCAGGCCCACCGAGCAAUAUGUCUUUGAUCAUGCACGAGGACGACCUCACCGACCACUCGGCGGGAUUUUCGCAUCACUCGGUCUCGCCAUCCUCGCCAACGCUGGUCCUCGCCAAGCUCAGCGGUGGCAAGCAGAGCCAUGGGCCGAAGCAUGUCCGCAGUGCGUCGCUCUCGUCUGGCGCAAACAUCUCACCCACCACAGCCAAUUUUUCUGUGGUUACUGACUCACCGGGGAGCUUGUAUCUUCGGCCAGAGCACGAGAAACUCCUGGGAGACAUGCCGAGCCUCAAUCUCUGCGCGCAGGAGGCCGAUGCUUCUGAGGAAGAUGGGGAGAGCUAG